GGAAGUCGGCCGGGUGAUGUGUGUUUAUAUGUAGACUUUGCGAUGGCUCGCGAUACGUGUUCACCCGGGACAGUUAGCUCGCGCGGACGCGAGGUGAUAAUGACCUCCGAAUGAUUAAACGCGUCGCCUUUAUCACCGCCGUGUGCGAGUUUGAUCCCCGUGUUUGUGUAUGAUGAACAGGACCCAGCUGAAGCGCUCGAGGAUUCUGAGGAUGGCUCUGAGUGACACUGACGCCGCGGGGCACGACGGGAGAGAGGAGCCGUUCUUCCUGAAGGCGGUCAAGAUCGCGUUUGUGGUGGCGCUCUACUGGUUCGUGUCCAUCACCAUGGUGUUCCUGAACAACCACCUGCUGGACAGUAAGGAGCUGGACGCGCCGCUGUUCGUCACCUUCUUCCAGUGCGUGGUGAGUGUGAUGCUGUGCUGGAUCAUGAGCCUGCUGGCGGCGCUGAGGCCCGGCUGUGUGGACUUCCCCUCCAUUAAACUGGACAUGAAGGUGUCCCUGCAGAUCCUGCCCCUGUCUGUGGUCUUCAUCUCCAUGAUCGCCUUUAAUAACCUGUGCCUGAAGCACGUGGGGGUGGCCUUCUACACGGUGGGCCGCUCCCUCAGCACCGUCUUCAACGUCCUCUUCAGUUACGUCAUCCUCAAGCAGACCACGUCACUGUACGCGCUCGCGUGCUGCGGCAUCAUCCUGGGUGGUUUCUGGCUCGGUGUGGAUCAGGAAGACGCUGCCGGCUCCCUCUCCUGGACCGGGGUGGCAUUCGGCGUCCUAGCCAGCGCGUGCGUCUCCUUAAAUGCCAUUUACACCAAGAAGGUGAUGCCCGUGGUGGAGGGAAGCAUCUGGAAGCUGUCGUACUACAACAACCUGAACGCGUGUGUGCUCUUCCUCCCUCUGAUCGCCGUGUUCGGGGAGCUGCCGCGCAUCUUCAAUUUCAACCGCGCCUGGGACGGACAUUUCUGGGGCAUGAUGGUUCUCGGGGGUUUCUUCGGCUUCGCCAUCGGCUACGUGACGGGCCUGCAGAUCAAAUUCACCAGUCCCCUGACACACAACGUCUCCGGGACGGCCAAGGCCUGCGCUCAGACCGUCAUCGCCGUCGUGAUUGAGCACUCGUCCAAAAGCAUGCUGUGGUGGAGCAGCAACAUGAUGGUCCUGGGAGGCUCGUUCGGCUACACCUGGGUCAAAGGACUCGAGAUGAAGAAAGGUGGCACGAGUCAGGACGCUCCGGCAGCCGUAGAGAAAACUAAAGCAGACACGGGAGUGUGAAGAAUAAGAUUUUUUACAUAUAUAUAUAAAGGGUACACUGGACUAAAGGACGGGUAUAAAACUAGAGAAUAUAAGUUAUUUCUGUAAGAUAUCGGACCCAUUUUAUUACAGAUAGCAAGUGAAUAACCGCUUAUGUCGGUCAAACAUGCAUACAACCAAAUCCACUUUACACACAACACCAACAUCUUACACAAAAAAAAAAAAUCUAACAAAAACUGAAGAUUCCUAAGAAGCGCCGCUUCACUUCCCGUCAUGUCGGCUCACCUGUGCGGGACGUUUUCUGUGAAAAUGCUGCAAACGUGCCAGCUGAAGUGCCGAUGCGUGUCUGUGUCCUGCACGCCAGACAGGAAAUACCUCCUCCUACCAGGAGGGGGCAGCAGUAUGUACAUGCCUUACACAUCAUCUCGCACCAUUUUAUUAUUAUUACUAUUAUAAAGUUUAUUUUAAAGUUGAUGUAAUCACCCCUAACAGAAAUGGACCCAAAGACUUUGAGAAUGUUUUAUUAUUAUAAUAAUUUUUUAUAUAGGUGAUCCAUGUGUUUCUAGUAUGAUCACACUCCUGCGUUUGGACGGUAAGGAGAGUCCUUAUCUGUGAAUUCAUCUACCAAUAAAAUCACCACACUAAGGCGCUGUCGCUGUCUUCUUGCACCCUGAAAACGUCCUGAAGCGGGAUGUUAUAAUGUGUUUAUUAACAGCGUGAUUGGGAUUCACACAGAACACGCUCAGGUCUACAGGUCUGGUAACGGAUUUGUGAUCGACAGGAUUACUGGAUUCACACCCGUUUGGUCCUGAUGGUCAGCUGACUGUUUAAUGGUAACGGCUUGAUGCGGUUUAAAGUUUAGAUCCUCGCCACGGCAGUGUUGGUUUUAUUGGUAUAAAUCAUAGUUUCCUUCUGAUCUAAAUGUACAUCAAAGUAAAGUGAAAGAUAUGAUGAAUGUGUGAGCAGUAGACAAUAUGUUUAAAUGUUUAGUUCCUUAUUCGAGCUCUACCUUUAUCACCUGCUUUGUUUGCAGGGAUACAAUAUGUUUGUGUUUACAUAAAUGACGUUUUUAACUCCAGAUCAUUUGUAACCUCAAUGCUGUUUGUAAUGUGAAGACACUAAAAAAAGCAAUUCUAUAAUUAAAUCAGUACACCUUUUAACAA